UUGCUGUGGCAUGCGAACUCUUAGUUGCAGCAUGCAUGUGGGAUCUAGUUCCCUGACCCAGGCUCCCUGCGUUGGGAGCGCGGAGUCUUAUCCACUGUGCUAUCAGGGAAGUACCUCCCCGCCCCCUGUUGUCUUUUGUGCCUGAGAAAAUUGAGGCCCAGAGAAGGAUGUGACCAGCCUCAGAGCAUACUGCUGGUGACCUGUGGGAUCUGGCCAGCAUCUGUCCUGGGAGGGCCUGGGAGGCCCUACAAGGUCCUGCCUCGUGGAGCCCCCUCUGUAGCCCUCCCUGUCUCUAGGGUCUUCCUGGCAGGUGGUGGGAAGGCAGCCCAUCCUGGGCACUGCAGGAACUCCUUGGAACUGCCCAAGCUCUCGGGGGCUUGGCCCUGGCACGUAGCAUGGGGCACUCUGACUGCCCUGGCUUGUGCUGUCUGUCAGAGGCUUGGCAUAUGGCCAACGCUGUGCUGAGCCCUCUGGGGCCCAGCUUCUGGAUGGGCAAAAUGGGGCAGGUACAGUCCAGCCCGACCACCGCAGAGGCCCUGGGCCAGGCCUGCGUGCAGAGUUUGGUCUUGCUCUGGAGGCUGAGGGGGAGCCUGGCUGGUGGGGAGGGCUCUGGAGCACGGUGACUCUCCUGCUGUGGACAGACUGCCUGGGCUGGGUAGGUGCUGGGGCCAAGGCUGGCCACCUGGGUCCACCGAGAGAGCGUACCUUGGGCAGCCGGUAAGGGACUAGCCACGUGUGGAUGUUGGCUUGUCCCUUGGCAGGCCGGCAGCACUGGGAGCAUCUUGCUGGUUAGCCGCAUUCCGAUUCAGAGCUGAGCUGUUAGGGCUAGAGGGGCAGUGCCGCCACCUCCCCAGAGCCCAACAGAGGGCAGGUGCCCUAGUACCUGAGCCUGUGUUGGGUCUGGAGGCUCCGGGGGGGUGGGGUGGGGACUGGCCCUGGAGGCUGGGAACCCCUGCGGCCCCCAGGUUCUGAGGAAAGGCCUGCCAGGGGGGUGCGCAGGUCACACCCUCUGCUCCAGAGCAGUGGGCUUUCCGGGCAGCGCUGGGAGUGAGCAGUCACACAGUUGGCAGCCUCGGGUCCCUCAGGACGUCCCAGGACUCCAUCCCGAGUCUCGCCUGCAGGCCCACGCCCUGGCUGGGCCACCAGAGACAGGAGAAGCCAGCUGAGUUGGGCCCAGCAGUGGCUGUUGCUCUCUGCUGAGGCCGCGGGCCCUGCCUUGGGGCAUGUAGAACUAGAGCUGGCCACACAGUAGUGUGGGGUCCCCAGGCCUUCCUGGCUUCUUCACUGGGGUGCUAGGCAGCGGCUGGGACUUCAGCAAGCCCAGUGCUGCCUUGUCUGGCCUCACUUCUGGGGGCCCUGCAGCUUCUUCCUCCUGUGACUGAGUGGUCAGGUUGCCAUGUACUGCUUCCUCUCUGCCUUCUAGAAGCCAUAGCGAUCCUCUCUCUGGGGCUGUGGCACGGUGAAGCCAGAGGCCCUCUUGGGCUCAGGCCCUUGGCGGGGCUUUGAGAACACAUGUGACCUGGGCUCUUGGUCUGGGCUUCCCACAGGGUGGCAGCAGCCUAUGGUGCCGUGUCCCCCCACCCUCUCCUCCACUCAUCGCGUCUCUGGCUUCUCCACUGACCCCGGGCAGUGGACGGGGCAGACUGCUUUUCCUCCCUGGCUGCUCUCGGGACCAGCCUCGCUCCACAACCCCCAGCCAGGCUGUGUGUCCAGAGCAGGUGCUGGCCGGCCCUUGCCAGUCUCCUCCUCGUCUCGCACAUCUUAACUUUUGACCUGACUUAGAAAUUAAGAUUUGAGUGCAGCUGAUCUAGGGUGUUUGUGUGGACCUGGAUCCUGACUGAGGCCUUUGUCCCCGGCCCCACCAUUGGUCCUCAGCACAUAGGUCCCAUCACUCACUGGACCCCAAGCACGACCCGCAGGCGCUAAGAGUUCACUCAGCCUCUUGCAGCCCUCUGCUCAGGGUGCACGGACCCCUGGUGUUUACCGAGGACCCCAUCGUGUGCAGGCGUGGCUUGGCAGUGGCCAUUGUACUAAUGGGCACUUGAUGUGCGCUGGCUGUUUUAUCCACCUACUAGCAGAUGCCCGGCUGAAGGAGGAGCAAGCCACGUGCCCCAACUGUCGUUGCGAGAUCAGUAAGAGCCUCUGCUGCCGCAACCUGGCCGUGGAGAAGGCCGUGAGCGAGCUGCCCUCUGAGUGUGGCUUCUGCCUGUGCCAGUUCCCCCGCUCCCUCCUGGAGAGGCACCAGAAAGAGGAGUGUCAGGACAGGGUGACGCAGUGCAAGUACAAGCGUAUCGGCUGCCCAUGGCACGGCCCUUUCCACGAGCUGACAGUGCACGAGGCCGCGUGUGCCCACCCAACCAAGACGGGCAAUGAGCUGAUGGAGAUUCUGGACGAGAUGGACCAGAGCCACCGCAAGGAGAUGCAGCUCUACAACAGCAUCUUUAGCCUGCUCAGCUUCGAGAAGAUCGGCUACACAGAGGUCCAGUUCCGGCCGUACCGCACGGACGACUUCAUUACGCGCCUGUACUACGAGACGCCGCGGUUCACGGUGCUAAACCAGACGUGGGUCCUAAAGGCGCGCGUGAACGACUCGGAGCGCAACCCCAACCUGUCGUGCAAGCGCACGCUGUCCUUCCAGCUCCUCCUCAAGAGCAAGGUGACGGCGCCCCUGGAGUGCUCUUUCCUGCUGCUCAAGGGCCCGUACGACGACGUGAAGAUCAGCCCUGUCAUCUACCACUUUGUCUUCACCAACGAGAGCAACGAGACGGACUACGUGCCGCUGCCCAUCGUCGACUCCGUGGAGUGCAACAAGCUGCUGGCUGCCAAGAACAUCAACCUGCGGCUCUUCCUGUUCCAAAUACAGAAGUAG